CAUUGUUUUACUGUCUUCGUUCUGCACAAUAGCCGAGCUCACGGCAUCGCUUCUACUAACGCCUUUUCAUACUUCAUUAUUCCAGCUCUUCAACAAAGCCACAGGGUGAAAAUCAACCUCAUGUCGACAACAAAGCCAUUCGCUCAAAACAUUGAUGGUGUCCCAAGAGACCCGCAUUGAGACCCCUAAAGUCCUUAAAGGAACGUUGGAGUUCCGCGCACGAGAAGGCGAUCUAGUCCUACUUUCAUUUCCCAAAAGCGGAACGCACUGGGUCCUUUAUAUUGUGCAGCUUAUUCUAAAGAAAGGUCAACCCAUCACAAGUUAUGAUGAGUUCACACAAAACAUGAUUUAUCUGGGGGUGUCACACCCUGACGACGUGAAACCGAGCCUGCCACUGCGUGUGAUCUCAUCACAUUAUCCCUUGAGAAAUGAGUUAAUGAGCAGCGAGGCAAAGUACAUCUAUUUGACGCGGAACCCGUGGGACGUCUGCGUGUCAUUCUACCACAUGGUGACCAGUCUCAGCGCCUACCGCUUCCAAGAUGGCACAUUCGACCAGUUCGUCGAUGCUUUCCUGAGCGAGGACGUCGCAGGUAGCGGUAACUACUUCGAUCACGUGGUUUCCGGAUAUGAGCUCAAGGACAUACCCAGCGUGUUUUUCGUGACAUAUGAGAACUUGACGAAAGACACCCGAGGCACGGUUCUGAAGCUUGCGCGCUUCUUGGGAGACAGCUAUGCAGUAGAUUUGGUAAAGGAUAAUCGGUUGCUUAGUGAGUUGCUUGAACGAUGCUCGGCAGAUCACAUGAAAGAGGCGAUAGUCGCGGACCUCAGCACAAACUCAAAUCCUGGCAUCGACAAGGUGCUGCGGCGCCUUGACGAGAAUUCCAAAGAUGGACACAGCGGAGACAGAAAGAAGUACUGCCUCGUAAGAGAAGCCAAAGUGGGUGGGUGGAAGAGGUACUUUUCACGGGAACAGCUGCGGCGCUUGGAAGAAGCGAUAAAGGAGGUAGAAGAAAUAUCGCCGGUGAUGGAGCUUUGGAGCGAUAUACGAGAAGAGGGCACUGCGGCGUCAACUGACAAAUAAAAAAUAAAGGCG